AUGGCUAAUCUUCUUCACCUCUCGCGUUUGCGACGCCUUUGCGCUCUUUUUCUAUGCCGGGUUAGUUUUGAGAGCAACGGGCCUUCUAGAUGCUUGUCCAAUUUUUUCUUUUUCUUGAGUGGCUCUGCGUCAUCACGUUUAGGUGCGCGUGAUCAAUGUUUCGUGUUCAGCUCAAUUUUCUUCUUGGAAGCUUAUCAUUCCGAAGGAGCUGGCGAGGCGUGGGGAUGGCUGGGAGCCAUUUGCUUUAAGCUCGCUGCAUUUGCAGAGAUUGCAGCGCUAGCUGCGUGGGGCAGCUCCUCCUUUGAGGUGCUUGAUGCGGCCUUCACCGUUAUGCUUGGAGUUUCCCUCAGCAUUGCGUUUCUUUGGUCGCUUUUUUUCGAGCCUGCCAGCCACCGGUUCGAUGUUCGCCUAACACAGUCAGCUAUGAGAAAUGAGUACUAUAAGUCUCGCAACGCCAUGGCGUACUACGGCCCAGCAGUUGUGAACGCAGAUGGUGAAAUUGACAUCGCUGCAGCUGCAGAGCAAGCCCAGGCAUGUCUGAACUGCACACCCUGCUAA